CAAUCUUAGGAGGGACGUAUACAUGAGGGUGGCCAAUCUUGUGUACCUCAUGAAUCAAGAGGAACCCUGGGUUCUCGUUCUUCCUCCAUGGAAUAGGAUGUGGCAUUGGAGAUCACGUGAUGUGGAACAGGAAAGACUGAAAUGGUCCACUUUCUUUGACAUAGAAAGCCUAGGAAAACAUGUGCCAGUUAUUGAAUUCGAAGAUUAUCUUAAAAGAAACCAAGUAAUAGAUGAAGUGUUCUACCUUCAAGGAGUGAAAGAAAUAACGGACUGGGAGACAAUAAAAAUAGACAAAUGUCAGACAGAUACAAGGUUUCUACAGGAUUCAGAUGGUAAAUGGCGACAUCUGUACCUUGGCUUCGAGGAUUUGUAUGCAGAAAUGUUCAACUGCCUGUCCUUCUUUGGUCAGUUGGACCUAAUGAAGUCAUUUCUUAUUGGAAAUACAACAGGAAAGUUUAUCUUCUUACCACGGGCUGAAAAUUUAUUGCAUGCGGAUUAUGGUGAACAUAACCCUCUUUUCUGGAAGGCUAGAAGAAGCAUGAUGUAUGCAAAACCUUUACGUGAUGUUGGCGAUCUGUUUCGUAAAAAACACCUUGAUUCUGAAGAUGAAGCUGAUAAAACAAUUCUAAAAGAUUGGACUACAGUCACGAGAGAUUCAAGGAAGGCAACGGGAGGCCCCUUUAUUGCUGUACAUUUGAGGAGGGGAGAUCAUUUACACGUCCGGGGGAGGGAACUACCAUCAAUGAAGCAAGCUGCUAAACAUGUGAAAAAACUUCUCAAGAAGAUGACCUUGAAGAAAGUGUUUGUGGCAACCGACGGAACCAAUACAGAAUAUGAAGAGUUUAAAAGUCAUCUAAAAGAUUUUCAAGUGUAUCGAUUUGAACCAACAGCAGAGGAACUUCAGACCUACAAAGAUGGCGGCGUGGCCAUUAUUGAUCAGUGGAUUGCUUGUCAUGCUAGGUAUUUCAUAGGUAGCUCUGCAUCUACAGUUUCUUUCCGCAUUCGAGAGGACAGAGAAAUUUUGGGGUUUGAACCGUCAACCUCGUUUAACAGAUUUUGUGGUGACGAUGAAUCAGACUGUGAACAACCAGCACACUGGACUAUUGUUUAUUAAAGGGUAAAAGUUAUCUCAUGAGAUGCUUUGAAAAU